GUCGCAGUCGAAAACUGAACUAAUUACUGACACAUUUCAAACCCGAAAGGUCUGAGGAGGGCACCACGCGCUCCAGUACUUUCUACAAUGUGUUCAGAUGAAGAGCGCGCGAUGAACGGGAGCUCCGGUAACGGAAAGUUGCGUCAGUGGUUGAUCGAGCAGGUGGACAGCGGAAAAUACCCCGGGCUGGUGUGGGAGAACGAGGAGAAGAGCAUCUUCAGAAUACCGUGGAAGCACGCGGGCAAGCAGGACUACAACAGAGAUGAGGAUGCUGCGCUCUUCAAGGCUUGGGCGCUGUUCAAAGGCAAACACCGAGAAGGCAUUGACAAACCUGACCCGCCAACGUGGAAGACGCGCCUUCGGUGCGCACUUAACAAGAGCAACGAUUUCGAAGAGAUCGUGGAGAGAAGUCAGCUUGACAUAUCGGAUCCCUAUAAAGUGUACAGGAUCAUCCCGGAGGGAUCCAAAAAAGUAUCCAGAUCUGUGGAAGAUUCGCAGUCCAAUUCAUCCUCACCCAGUUACCCCAUACACCCGCAAUAUGCCCCUGCGCCUUCUCAGGUGUGCAACUACAUGUCCCCAGCAGAGAGAGGAUGGAGAGAUUACUCCCCCCUUCCUGAGAUCUCUUACAGCCAGAACCCCUACACUGCACGCUGGGACCCUGGAUAUCAGUUCAGUGGCUCCUUCUAUAGUUGCAAUGCAUCAGAUCCACAGCCCUCACCCUUCUCCCUGGACUCUAGCAUGAGAUCAUCAGAGGCCUUGGCUUUCUCAGAUUACCGCUUGCACGUGAUGGUGUUUUACCGGGAUGCUCUGGUACGAGAGGUAACAGUGAGUGGCCCAGAGGGUUGCCAGAUUGGUCCCAGCAGAGAGAUACAAGGAUAUAUUUCACCCGGCACCCCAGAAUUGGUUGAACUCCCUCAGGCUGAAGGGACAUCCCUGGAACGCGGCGUUCAGCUCUGGGUGACCCCGGAUGGGCUGUAUGCACGUCGCCGCUGCUCCUGCAGGGUGUACUGGGAUGGAGCUCAUGCGCCACCUUCUAACAAACCCAAUAAGCUAGAGAGAGACCAGACCUGUAAACUUCUGGACACCCAGCUUUUCAUAACAGAGUUGCAGAGUUACAGCCUGCACGCCCGCCCCGCUCCGCGUUCCCAAGUGCUACUGUUCUUUGAGGAUGAAGGAUCCGAUGCACAAAGAACAAAGAGGACCUACACAGUGCAGGUUGAGCCACUGUUUGCUCGACAGCUAUUCUUCCUCGCUCAUCCAGGGAGCAUGAACUAUAUUCGGACUCACGACCUUCCACACCUGAAUCCUGAACACAGCCUCACCCCAAGCCAAGAUUUCCACAGAGUCAUCACACAUCACCAUAACAACGGUCUUCAAAAUUGACGCUAAAGAGCUUUUCUCUGGCUUAACAUUGGUUUAAAAUCACAAAAUUCACACUUGUAAUUUUGAAGUGGGGCUAGCAUUGCUUUUAACCCUGGGUUAUGAAGACUUGCACCGGAUUAACAUUAAAAUGGUUUUACUGAAGAGAAAUUUUCAGAGAUUUUCAGGUUCUGUACCUGUCCAACUAAUAUGCAAAUGUGAAUGUUACCCAACGAUUUUCAAAUGUACAGUGACUUCCCAGGUUUUUAACCCAGAAUUAACAGUGCGAAACAGGGAACAAUAACCUAGGAUUAUGUUUACUCCCUUGAAAAAGAACUCAUACAUUUUAUAAGCUAAAGCUUCACUGAUAACUAACCUUGAGCUUGAAUACUCUCCACUGGGGCAUAAUCGUGUCUAAAUAAUCCAUAGAGCUAACCGACAGCCUCAGACUACAAGACUGUUGUCAAAUAUUGUUUAAUACUGAGAAUGAUUUGUUUGGUUGUGUACAUGAAUGAUUGUAUCAGAUUAUUUGAUGAAAUUACUGAAAAGAAUGUAAAUGUGCAGUCUCGCUGUGACCGAUUCCUCGCACCAGUGUUAUGUUUAAUUGAGAUGGAAUGAGACAGAAUGUAAAAUUCAAAGAACUUCAUGUAUAUAGGCUAUGUAUAUAUAGGUUGUUUUUAUUUUUUUAAAAAAUUUUUUACUGUGCCUGUUUUUUAUAAUAUAAUUGUGAAAUUUGAGUAUAUAUUUUUUUACAAUUAGC